UGAUCUCUUGCAUGAGAGAAGGCAAACCAUGUGAAAAUUCAACAAUAACUCACCUGAUAUGUCUCGCAACAUUCCUUAAUCAAAGUCUUAUACGUUUUUUUAUGCAGAUUCAGGUCUUGACGUCUGCCUAUAUAUAUAAGUUCAGGUUUCAGGUACCAACUAUGCCAUUUCAACUCGAAAGUUUUCAGCAAUCAAUUAUUAAAGCCUUUCUAUCAUCCAUCCACCUCUUCUCGGAAAAUGGGUAUCCGAUUAAUGGGGAUAGCGCAUGCGAAGCAAAAGCUCAGGCGAUCUCUUUCGGCAAGAAUGGGAAUGUUUUCAGCCACUAGUAGUGAUGUUCCAAAAGGCCAUUUUGCAGUUUAUGUUGGAGAGUUUACUCACAAGAAGAGGUUUGUAAUCCCAUUUUCUUUCUUGAACCAUCCUCUAUUCCAAGACUUGCUCGACCGGGCUGAGGAAGAAUUUGGAUACGAUCAUCCUACGGGCAGUCUCACUAUUCCUUGCAGUGAAGAAUUCUUCACUAGUUUAACUUCAGCUCUAAAUUGCUCAUAAAAAUGAAAACUCAGAGAGAGAGAGAAAGAGACAAUGAACUUCAGUCUCUUCAAUUUUGGUUAUUGUGGGUUCUUGCCAAAUAGCAUUCGUGGGAUGUCUUGCAUUUGUAAAUAAUUUUUUUAUAAUUAGAUUUUCUGCAGUAUUUCUACUCUGUUGUGAGCCUCUGUGCUAAAUUCCUAAAGCUGUGC